AUGAGUGGUGGCAGCUUUCAAUCUUCAGUAACUCAGCUGCUGCAUCGUCAGACAAACUCGCAGCAACAUGGCCGACGAUACACGUUUGCAGCUACCAUAGCAAAUCGUUUUUUUUCGGACAAUUCGCUUGAUCGACAAAAUCGAGUCGUGGAAUGUGCAAAAAGAAGACAAGCUCGAGCACGAGACCGAGCACUACAGCAGGCUUGCCGAGUUAAAAAGCUCGAGGUCGAGUUUGCAGAAGCCGAACGAGUGAAGUCCUUAAAAGAAGAACGUGAGGUUUCACGUAUGAGGCGGAAAUUGGAGCACGUCGCAGCCGCGUACCUUCAGUAUAUUUGGCGACGCUAUUGUCAGCUUAAGAGAGAAGCGAAUGUUCGAAAGACUCGAGCUGAACGCUUACUGGUCGAUUUCUUUUCGUAUCGAAGUUUCCGACGAAAAUCAGUUCGUCGUCAAGCUUCGUUCCAAAUCCAGAAACGAUAUCGCGAAUAUCGGAUCAUUCAGCGAACAAAGCUUGGCUUUGCUGUCUUGGCAUCAACACUUCUUCCACUUAUCCGCAAACGUCGAGCUCGACGACAUCAGAAUGCUGUCAAACUCCAGUCUUGGUAUCGCCAGCAACACAUUCAGAAACGUGAGAACUCAGUGCGAAUCAUCCAGCGUGCGUGGCGAAUAUCCGUUUCGAAAGCAAAACUCUGCUACUUUUCAAGAGCUUAUCAUCACUUGACGAAUCUAAGGCGACUUGAACGCUCUGCAUGUGUUAUCCAGCGAACUUUAGGCAAGAGCUUUGUACAACGUCGACUCCUCUGUUUGGAUGAAUUUCGUGAAUACCCAUGCAUAAUGACAGCUCCAUGGCCGCCAAUUCGACCCGCGGAAGAGCAGGGUCAAGAGUUUUGGCUGCAUAAAGUUCAGUUGCUUCAAGCCGCAAUAGCAGAGCGGAAGCGAUUGGCAAAAGAGGAGACUUCUUCACAAGUGGAUAUUCAAGAUCUCCAACAAAAUGUAGCAGAAGCCAAGACUCGAUUAAGGGAUGAAAGUGACCGUUACUAUCGUCAUGCAAUUUUAGAGGAGCAUCGACGACAGAAAGAGGAAGAAGCAAAGGAACUGCGAAUGCAUGAAUUAGAAGGCACGAUGCGAAAAGCGAUUCGACUGGAGCUUGAGCAUGAGCUCGAGACUGCUCGUCGUCUUAUGAUGAAGAACGAGUUGAAGGAACUUAAUUUACAAGACCUGCUGGAGGCUUUCAUAGGAUUGCAAACUGCGACGUCUGUAGAAGACUUUCGUGCUCAGUUCGUAGUGAUUAACGAAGGUGCUCUGAAUGACAUCCAACGGAAACGCUGGAAAUUUCUAGAAGAUGCGUGUUUCAAUGUGCUGCGAAACGUCUUUAAGCUUCAAAUAAAUAAUGGAGAAGACAAUCUAGGCAAUUUGGACAGUCAGAAGCUCUUCAGUGAACAUCAAAUUGACCUCUGCCUUCAAUUUCUCGAGCCAUUGAUCGACUCGACAGCUCACAUCGUUGGUGCCUUGGACGACGAGCAAGAGGCAGCCGGUCAACGAGGGGUUCUCGUUGCUGCACUUUUAUAUCUCUUUGAAAAGGCUCCACAGCGAAAAGACAUCAAUUUACGAUUGAUACCGAACGUACUAAAGUGUGGCGUAGACAUUCACGUUUUCGUCUCCACGCUACGCUUUCGAGAAGAGUUAGUUGAAUGUCAAGAGAAGUUGUUGCCACUACACGAUAGUGACUCGGAAGAUUCGGAAGUGGAGGAUGGUGAAGAUAAAUUAGAAUUGACGAAAGGAUUCAAAAAUGAUGAUUUUCGGUGGAUUUCCGAGCGAGUGGCCGAAAAAUGGGGAUUUUUACGCUAUCGAUACUUUUUAGCAACAUAUGGACAGGAGUAUGCAUUUACCGCAUGGUCUUCCUCUGGUGUUGCAAGUUUAGUUCAUGCGAUGCUUACUGAGGAGAUGUUUGAAAAUGCAUUAUCAGCGAUUGUGUCACCACUCUCGUGGUUGUUUCUUCUGGCUUCAUAUGCACAUUGUUUGAUCAAAUCGAACGAUCAACAGGAACGCUUCCGUGGCCUGGAAUUAUUGCGCGUUGCCAUUAAUCUUAGUCCCGAAGGGAAAUUGGCGUUUAAAAUAAAUGACGCAAUGAUAACGAAACAUCUACCGUUUCGAGAACAAGCGGCAGUAUUUUGUGAUCGGGAUUGGAUCUCUCCCUUGAUUCAGGUGAUAACAAAUGCGAUGGUGUCGUUCCCUGAAGCCAGUCAUCGAUCAGCAGCACUUGCAGUAUUGAAAGGAUUGGUCUUGAGGCUCGUUAUUGAUGAUCGCUUCUGGAUACUUCGAGAUUUGAUUAUCGAGUGCCCGUAUGGAAACGUUGCAGCUAUCUUAAUGGAUUUCGUGCGCAAUGAUACAGUGCAGGCGUGGUCCUCAAUCUAUACGCUUUCACAGUCACCAUUUAAAACGUCAGCUAUCUGUUCACUGCUAUACAAAACGCUAGCUCAAGCUGCCGAGCGUGAUCUUGUGCUACAAGCUGAUUUAAUUGCAAGCACUUUGAGUCUUCUUCGGUUUUUAUACAUUCGAGAUAAGGACAAUACCACUGGUCUCCGAAGUAUCUCAAAUGAUCGCGAUAUCAGCCAAGUGAUGACGCGGAUCAACAAACGCCUACAUUUGACGAUUCAAGAAUCGGCAAAAAGCAUCGAGUCCGACUCCUUUCACAGAGAUUUUGCGCAACUUCUGAUCUUGGAAGCAUCGCUUGCUUCGACACUUGAGCAAUUUAAAAUUUAA